GGUGUGGUUGAAAGUUGAAAGCAGUUGAAAGUGGUGAGUCAAAUUUAAGAACUGUGAUUAGAGUAACUUUGCGUAAGAUAAAAGUGAAAAACGAUCGAAACAGAAAAGAAAAAUGCUCGGCCGGCUUCCUGCUUGUGUAAUCGACGUAGGCACGGGGUAUACAAAAUUGGGUUUUGCAUUCAAUAAAGAACCUCAACUUAUGAUACCGUCUGCUAUUGCAAUUAAAGAAACAGCAAAAGUUGGAGAUAAUAAUGCUAGAAGAGUUACUAAAGGAGUUGAAGAUUUAGAUGCAUACAUUGGAGAUGAAGCUUUUGAAGCUACUGGGUAUUCUGUAAAAUAUCCAGUUAGGCAUGGACUAGUGGAAGACUGGGAUUUAAUGGAAAAGUUUCUGCAACAAUGUAUCUUUAAAUAUUUAAGGGCAGAACCUGAAGAUCAUUAUUUUUUACUUACGGAGCCGCCAUUAAACACUCCUGAAAAUCGAGAAUACACCGCAGAAAUAAUGUUCGAAUCAUUUAAUGUACCAGGUCUUUACAUUGCUGUACAAGCAGUAUUAGCAUUAGCUGCAUCUUGGACAGCUAAGAGUGUAGAAAAUAGAACGCUAACAGGUGUUGUUGUCGACAGUGGAGAUGGAGUGACUCAUGUAAUUCCUGUUGCGGAAGGUUUCGUUAUUGGAAGCUGUAUAAAACAUAUUCCUAUUGCUGGACGUGACAUUACAUAUUUUAUACAAAGUUUGUUAAGAGAGCGUGAAAUAGGAAUACCACCUGAGCAAUCUUUAGAAACAGCUAAGGCGAUAAAAGAAAAAUAUUGUUACAUAUGUCCUGACAUUUCAAAAGAAUUUGCUAAAUAUGAUAGUGACCCUACCAAAAUAAAAAAAUAUGAAGGUAUUAAUAGCAUUACAAAGCAGCCUUUCGUAGUGGAUGUUGGAUACGAAAGGUUUCUGGGACCAGAGAUAUUUUUUCAUCCUGAAUUCUCUAAUCCAGAUUUCACAACCCCGCUGAGUGAAAUCGUGGACGAUGUAAUACAGAAUUGUCCGAUAGAUGUAAGAAGACCCUUGUACAGUAACAUUGUAUUAUCGGGUGGUUCUACAAUGUUCAAAGAUUUCGGUAGGCGGUUACAACGUGAUAUAAAACGAAUCGUCGAUGCACGUUUGAAGCUUAGCGAAACGUUAAGUGGAAGUCACAUCACGCCAAAACCUAUAGAUGUUCAUGUUAUAUCGCAUCAUAAACAGCGUUGCGCAGUAUGGUAUGGUGGUGCUUUAUUAGCAAGCGAUCCUGAAUUUUACACAGUUUGUCAUACCAAAAAAGCUUAUCAAGAGUAUGGUCCUGGUAUUUGCCGUUACAAUCCCGUAUUUCAUAGUAUGGUAUAAAUUAAGUGGAAAUACAAGUGGCAUUGGAAAAAAAAAAUAAUCUUACCAUGGACCAAUGGUGAAAAUGUAACGUAAUUUACGGGUCCGUCAGUAAUUUAUUCAAUUUUUAACUUCGUUUUAUUUGCAAUGACAACAUACUUGGAAAGAUGAUACGGGUGUUUUUUACACUGUAACUGCAAAUUGGCAUAAGUACAAGAAAAACACCCAAUAUUAUAUUAAUAAACGCACACGGAAAUGUUUUCAUGCUCAUUACAGAAAUAUGUAAUAUUUAUGUAAAUACACAUUUACAUUUAAUAAAAAUACAGGGAAAAAUCACUCAAUAAAGAAUUAAAAUAUGUACUUUGUUAGGAAUGGUAAGAAUACAUAUAAUAUAAAGCAAUUGUAUAGACCUGUACAUAAAAUACGUCUACUUAAAAAUAAUAAUUCUUUUGUUUACUAAAUCACA